GCUACGUCGUUUUAUUAUCAAAAUGGAUGUCUGCUGCCUAUGUACUCCGUGGACUCUUGCAGUUACGGCUGCAGUGCUGUGUAUUCUUUAUCUGUUGUCCAAACAGUUUGUGUUUACGAAAGGCAACCGUCCUCCGGGGCCCCGGGGAUGGAAAUGUUUUAUGGAGAUCUUACAAGCUAGCCGGGACGACACUCUGUACGAAGCAGCCUGGGGAUGGGCGAAAAAAUAUGGAGACAUAACUUUCUACACUGUGUUAGGUCAGCCCAUGUGCAUACUUAACUCGUCGGACAUUGUUCGUAAACUCUUCGGCUCGGACGAGUACAAACUGCUCACAGCUGACCGCGACCCUUCAGUGAUAUCAGAAUUAGCGUGGUAUAAUGGGAAGGAGCUUUUCUUCACGCCUUAUAAUUCCCAGACUAGACAGAAGAGAACUUUAUUCCACAAGGUAAUGGGAAUCCACGGGGAAGGUGUGGACAAGUUUGAAAACGUCGUUGGUAAAGAGCUUGAUCGUCUUCUGGAGGAGAUGGACACUGCUAGAGCUACAGGCCAGGAUAUCCCAAUAACUCGGAUUUUGUCGAGAUCUCUGAAGAUCAUUUUGUACGUGCUGGUCAAUGGUGACAUCGAUCCUGCAAAACUCAGCCAGGAUGUCACCGAUACGAUGGAGCGCUACGACAUUGCAGUAAACCAGAUGUUUGAAAUUACAACUGUCACUGCCCUCACAUUUUUCCCGCCACUUCGCAGGGUUGGCAGGUACAAGAAAAUUUGCGAUGAGGUCAUUGAAAGUAAAGUGGAAGCUGAGAAAGUUAUGUUUGAAGACCUCAAGUCCACGUACCAACCUGGCAAAGUGCGGGGUAUGGCCGAUGCGUUGCUCCAUUUCCAGAGUCAGCCGGGACAUGAAUGGCUGGACGAUGAGAACAUCAAAGGCUUCCUCACCACAACCUUUUUCGGGGCUCACAUGACGUCACGAGCCAGUCUAAUGAACAUGGUGCUGAUCCUGAUCCACCACCCAGAGGUGGCACGUCGGAUACAGGAGGAGAUCGAGUCUGUGCUCGGGGAUCGAAGACCGCGCGUGGAAGAUCGGCUGAGUAUGCACUAUACGGAAGCCGUGAUUCUUGAGAACAUCAGUUCCUGGCGAAUCAGUGGCUCCUCCAUCAUCGCCCUGAUUUAUGGGACGAUCCCUGGAAGUUCAUGCCUGAACGAUUUUUAGAUGAGAGUGGGGUCAUACUGCCAGCCAAUCAUCCAGUGCGCAAAAAGGUUCUGGCCUUUGGACAUGGGGUCAGAAUGUGCCCUGGUGAGGCGUUUGCAAGGUCCCGUAUCUUUCUGUUCACGGUGAUGAUCCUCCAGAAAUUUGACCUCCUUCCUCCGGAGGACAACCCUCUACCAUCCUGUGACCCGAGAGAAAACCUGAAGGGGGCCAUUAGACAGGCACCUCCGUUCAUGUGCACACUGCGUAAUCGCUGAGAAAUAGAUGGCAGAAAAGAGUGACUUCUCUAUUCUCUUCUGAACAGCACACAAUGGACAACAUUCUUGCUUGAACCAAUAUACGUUUAUUAUAUUAUUAUAUAACAAAGAAGUUAUCAGUAGUGUUUUUAAAGAAUACCCAAAUACAGUACACGGUUUGUAUACAUUUAUAGUGAUAAGUACAAGUGCUAAUCUAAAUAUAAUUUGAAUAUCAGUGCUUUAUUUCGAACGUUUUUGUGUCAAUAUCAUGUGCAUUUGUUAAUCUUUUCCUACCCCCCUUCCAGGGGCGGCCCGUUGUGCUAAAAAAGUGUGCGUGCACAAUUAAGUUAUCGCAGGCUGAAGAUAAUAAUGGGCACAAUAAAUGAGAUGGUGUAGGCCUAUACUUUUAGGGGUUUUGGGUUGGUGAGGGAGGACCUCACGCUUUUAAUUUCUUUUUUUUUUUUUUUACAUGUCACUUUGAUUUCUAGAACUAAAUUUGUUUGUUAGCUAAAGAUCAAUUUCGUUCAUCCUUCAUUAGAACUGAACACUCAAGUAAUAACUUCCACCACUCAACUACAAAAUCAUUCAAAGGCACAACUCACAUGACUUUAUCUUUUUUAUUUUUUAUCCCAAGUC